GCUACAUCCUCCCCAAGAUUUCGAAUAGGAGGCCGGACUUCAAACUGGCCCCAAAAUCACAACUUAGGAGGAACGGUGGAGUCCGCGCGGAUCUGUAAGCCUCAUUUAAAGUUGUUUCAUUUCGUCGACCUGUAAGGAUUUUUCUGUUCGCAUAAGACGAGUAAGGUUGCUAGGAAAGGAAGAGACUGGAAACACAGCGUCCGUAGCUUCGCAGGAAAACAAACUGAAAGACAAAAAGAACGCUCAAAUAUGCUUUCUUAUUUACCUACUUGCACAUUUCUAGGCCGAGCCAGGGUUUAAGCCCACGAGGCAAAGAACAAGGAGUGAAAUAAUUUGUAUUUGGCUUUGGCGGGCUUUGCAUUCAAUGAAGAGGGUAGAGUACUGGUACAGUUGUUGGUAGCUGGACUCGAACCCUAGACCUUUGGAGUUUUGUUUAUUUUAUAAUUGCCGUGAAACCCUAGGCUUUAAAGGGGGCCAUGGCGUUAAUAAGCGAAAAAGAUGUGGAGAAGAGGCUUUUCCAAGCAGGGAAAAAACUUGAGCACCCGCCUCAGUCGAAGGAUGAACUACUCAGCAUUUUAGAGGAAGUGGAGAAUUGCUUAUCUAUGGUUGAACAGUCACCUUCUGAGACAAUGCAACUUGCUGUUGCUCCAUCAGUUACUUCUUUGGUAAAACCAGAGCUUCUGAGACACCAAGACAAAGAUGUGAGGCUUGUGGUUAUUACUUGUAUUAGUGAAAUUACAAGAAUAACAGCACCUGAAGCUCCAUACAGUGAUGACACAAUGAGGGAGAUAUUUCAGCUUAUUGUUGGAAGUUUUCAAGGUCUAGAUGAGAUUAAAAGUCCUUCAUUUGCACGGAGGGUCACAAUUCUAGAAACUGUUGCAAAAGUCAGAUCAUGUGUUGUGAUGCUGGACCUUGAAUGUGAUGAUCUCAUUCUUGAAAUGUUUCGACAUUUCUUUGCAACUGCCAGCAAGAAUCAUUCAGAAAAUGUAGUAGCCUCGAUGCAGACAAUUAUGGUAUUGGUUCUCGAUGAGAGUGAAGAUAUUUCCCAGCAACUAUUAUCUGUUUUAUUGACUAGUUUGAGGAAAAAUGAGCGGGAAGUUUCACCAGCUGCACAUAUGCUGGCUAUAAAUGUUGUUAAACGAUGUGCAGAGAAGUUGAAGCCGUAUUUGACGGCAGAAAUGUCAGCUGAGGGACUUACUCCAAGUGAUCUGCAGAAAAAAUAUCAUGAGAUUGUUUAUGAAAUUUGCCAACAUGAAUCCCAUACAUCAUCAGUACCAGUUGUUUCAAAUAAUGCAGAACACCUUUUGGUGGAUGGAACUCAAGCAACUGCAUCUGUUGUGGGUAAUGACUCACCAUUAAAUACCCAAGCAACAAACAUGGACCCUGUUGCUAAGCUUGCCGAUGAUGAAGAUUUACGGAAGAAUGAAGAUAAGCAUAAGCCUGCAGGUGAUGAGAAUGGCCAUAAAGAACUUCCUCAAAAAAUAAUUGAAAACAGCAUCAAAGAUGAAGGGAACGAAAACGUGUCACAAGAUAUACUAUCACCGGCAGCAAAUAAGGCUAGUAAGGGUCGCCGAAGUGUUCAGUCUAGAAGACCAACAGGCACAACAAAAAUUGAACCUGAUAAAUCAUUGGACUCCAAGGUUUUGGAAUCAAGCAAGCCUACUGUUGAGGUCAAGGAGGGGAGGAAAGGUAGAAAAUCAGAAGUUUUGCCUGAGGUAACUAAGGUUUCUGAUGAAAGUGUGGUUGCAAGUGACAAUCGAGCCUUGCCUUCAUCAAAGAGGAAAAGGGGGCGCUCAGAUAAAAAUAACAAAAAUUUGGCCUCCUCAGCCCAGGAAACAAAGGAAACAGGAGAUCCUAAAUCAACAUCCCAAUCAAAUGUUGAAUUAGGAGAUUUGGCAUCAACAGAUCAACCAAGCAAGAACAUGGCAGGUUCGGUAUUGUCAGAUCAACUGCAUGAGGACACAGUAGGUUUGUCAUCCACAGGGCAAGCAAAUAAAGAAACGGUAGGCUUGACCACUUCAGAAGCUCACCCAAUUGAGGACAAGGUAGCAAGUUCACCAACACGAUCUAACAAGGAGGCAGCUACCGUGGCUUCUCCUGGCCAAUCCAGCAAGGAGGCAGUGGGUGUAGCAUGUCCAGCUCCACUGAAUAAAGAGACAGAGGGUUUGACAUCUCCACUGGAAUCAAGUAAGGUGGUAGACAAUUCGAAUACCCCACCAAGGUCAAACAAGGACACAGAAGUUUUGACUUCUCCAGCUCGGGUGAUAAAGGAUAGUAUUAGUUCACCAUCUCGAACAGGAUCUACUAAGGAGGCAGUAGCAUUGGCCUCUCCAGCUAGAUCAAGUAAGGAGACAGCAGGUUUAGCCUCCCCUAAUGAGAAACAACACUUGCUGGAGGAGGAUGAUACUGGAACAGAUUCAUCUCGAGUUAAACGAGGGCGUUUGAGAAGUGCUGGCAAAAGAUCAACUAUGAAAGAGGAUUCUAAGCCUCCAGUUUUGUCAGUAGGAGUAACAGAAAGAGCAUCAGAAAGUGCAGCUGGAGAAGAAAUGGCACCGUCUGCGCUGCCAAACACCAAUGAAAAAUCAGAAAUAAGCAAAGAUUCAGAAACAAGGUCCAAGCGUUCAAAGAGGAAGCUGGAUGUAAAUAAUAUUAACACAGCAAAGUCAGAAGAGGCAAUUUCACUCCGGAAAAAAGGUUUGAAAGAGAUGGCUACUCCUGAUGCAACCCAAGAAGAUGGCCAUCGGCCUAAAAAGAUGCAGAAAGUUGCUUCUGCGACAGAGUCUGCUGAGAAGAAUUUAAGUCAAGCCGCUGAGAGUUCUAAGAGGACUCCAAGAAAUUCUGCAAAGAAGAAGAGUAUUUCAGGGUUGGAGAAGACACCUGAUACUGUUGAAAGAAAUGGUCUAGAUGAUAACUUAGUUGGGCGGAAGAUCAAGGUUUGGUGGCCGAAAGAUAAACAGUUUUAUGAUGGUACUGUGGAUUCAUAUGAUUCGAAACAGAAGAAACAUAAAAUAAUAUACAAUGAUGGGGAUGUUGAAAUACUCAACCUUCAGAGGCAAAAAUGGGAUUUUAUUGACGACAGUCACACAACUGAGAAGUCAUCAAAAGUAGAUGCAAGUCAAAAGAUGGCUGAAGAGAAGUCACCAAAGAAGAGGGCCAAUAAAGUCGAUGUACCCGUAGUAAAGGGUGAGACACCAAAAUCAUCUGCAAAACGAGGAUCACAAUCAUCAAAAAGUAAGAAGGAAUAUAAGUCUCAAUCUGAUGAUAAUGGAGUAGUUACAGAUAUAAUUGUCUCUAAGGAGAAUGUUGAUCAACCAACUGUUGGGGGCAAAGGAAAGCAACAGAAGCAAGGAGGGCAAAGCAAAAAGACUAAACAAGUAGUGUCUGCGAGCACACCUACAAAUGGAAGUGGACGAAAAUCUAAGGGAACCAAAGAAGUGAAAACUAUAACAGAUCAGGACCAAAUAGGAAUAUCAUCAGAUACAGGUGCAAGGAGUUCAGAUGAUGAACCUUUGAAUGCAUGGAGAUCACGUGCACGCACUGAAUAGUAAACUUUGGGCAUAGGGCUUUCACUUCAAAAGAAUAGAGAACAGGCGUAGGUUGUCCACCUUCUUUGGCAGUCUUGUGGGGUUAACUGAUAUUGUAUUAGGUCCCAUUUCCAUUUCACCGAUUUUCAUGGAUUACCGAUGCACAUCAAUGAUUUUGGAUCAUUUUAUAAUUGUUCGUGAUCCCUGUACUAUGGAUUCCUUGUAGGCCAUGAUCUGUGUAUUUUUCUCUUUGCACAGGUGUCAAAUAGGUUGUUCUGCAGGCUUGUGCUCAUAAAGUGCAAUCUGGUGUAUUCUUAAAUUUAACGUGGUGUAUUUAACAUCAUCUUCCUUGUUAUUGAUCUUCUUUAUGGAUCACAGUUCAAUUCUUGUUUGGUUAGAUUUUGUCAGUACGCAAACACGCACUUGGAAGGAAUGGAUGUUCAAUCUAACAUGAAAAACGUACAAAGUUUCUCUCCCUCAUUCUGAUGAGGAUAUCACUGAGUAGGAAUGUUAUUUAUCUCUACACAAAAUUUACUAUUAUGUGAAAGAAGCCGAAUUAUUAGAGUUA